AUGGAGAGUCAGAGGCUCAGUGACUUGCCAGAUGAAUUGAUCUUGAAGAUAUUCUCGUUUCUUCCGAUGUUCAAAGAGACCUUAGCAACAAAUCUCAUAUCAAGACGAUGGUCGGAGGAAGAUCCUUGGAAAUUGGUGUCUGAUGUCACGCUUGAUAAUGAUGAUGACAGUUUCAUGAGGUUUAUAUAUGGAUCUUUGUUGUCUAACGAUGCUCAAACCCUAGAGAGAUUGCAUCUCAAGCUUGUCCGAAGAAAAUCGGCUUCAAACAUCGAUUUCGUGGUCCAAGUCGCGGUUAAUCGAUCUGUGAGAAAGCUAAGAAUAGACUUGUCUGGAAGAGCCCUAGUGUUACCGAGAUGCUUGAGUACUUGCAAAACCCUAAAAUCAUUGAUACUCCGUGAAGUAAGUAUCGUGGUUUAUCCGGAUGGGUUAUGUUUGCCGUCGCUCAAAACUCUACACCUUUUCUCCGUUAAUUUCUCGGGCUUCGAAACUGUUGCAAGUAUUUUACAAAUCUGCCCGGAUCUUGAAUAUUUGGUUUUAAAGCAAACCAAAUAUCACGAUGUGCCCAUUGUUGGGGCUAGGUCCUUGUUGCCAUCACUCAAAAGUCUCCACCUUUUAUCGGUUAAAUUCUCUAGCGAUGAAUCUGUUGCUAGUCUUUUAAGAAAAUGCGAGGCUCUUGAAGAUUUGGUUAUAAACCGGACCGAAUACGACAAUGUGAAGUUAUUCAAUAUCAAUGUGCCUACUUUGAGAAGUUUAUCUAUCAAUAACUCAAGAAGGAAACAAGUCUACAUUGGGGAGGAUUAUGGGUUUGUGGUAAAUGCUCCUGUUUUAGAGAAACUGAACAUUAAGGAUACGUGCAGUAACUUUCUAAGGUUUGAAUAUAUGCCUGAGGUGACCAAGGCGAAUAUCGAGGUUAUUUGUCAUGAGAAUAAGUUCAUAGGAUCUCUUACCUCAAUCCAAGAUCUUUCUUUUUGUGCUCUAACUUCAACGACUCCAUAUCCUAGAGGCACUUUCUUCUUCUUUUUUGAACAUCUAGAGCUAUGUACAUGUUCUGAGGGAUGGGCCAAUCUACUUGCUUGUAUACUCAAUGACGCUCCAAGACUUCAAUCUCUUAAGCUUGAUUCGAAACAUAGUGGUCGCCAUUACGAUGAUCCAAUCAUGAACCACUGGAUCGAACCAAAAGUUGUUCCCGAAUGUUUAUCGAAGCAUCUUGAGAUCUUGGAAUGGAGACCAUAUGAAGGCAGAAAGCAAGAGAGGAAAGUGGCUGCCUACAUACUAGCAAACGCAACUUGUCUAAAGACGGGGACCUUCUUAAUCUCAUCAAGGUGUAAGAGCAAAUAUGUGUCAGAGUUGAAGACAAUGUCCAGAGUUUCAGAGACAUAUCAGUUAGUGUUUAAGUAA